GGCAACAGAUCACAAUCGAACAACAUGACUGAGUGCCCACCUGUUAUCAGUCUCCGGCCACUGCUCGAUCAAGAGCUAGAAGAAGAAACCGCCACAACAGUCGAGCAGAUCGAGUCGUCGCUCAAGAGGUUUGGGUGCGUUUGCUUGCCCGUGAGCGACCUUGACGGAUUAGACGAGGAUGGUGAUUCGCUCUUGCGACGUUGCUACAGCACGGCGGAGCGUUUCUUCUCACUGCCCGAGGCGUCGAAGGCAGUCUACACCGAAGACGCCGCCUCAAGACAAGGGUACGGUGGUUCAUGCUACACUCCUCUGGUGAGGGAAGCUGCACCGUCAGACAUCGAUAGGGUCGGACUGAGCGGUAAGGAACCGGCGUAUCAGGAAGGCGAGAAGCAGCACGUGGAAAGCUUCAGCUGCACACGGCCGCUAGCCCACGCUUUGUGCAACCAUCUGCCCCGUGGACCUGAGUUACACAAGUCCCUGUUUCCUGACUCUCAAGUCCCAGGCUUCGGUGAGGCGUACUCAUCUUUGUGGGAGGUUCUUCGGCAAAGAGUUUCUCUCCCGAUGAUGCGCGCGCUGGAGCACAUGCUCUGUCUUCCUAGCGGUUUUUUGUUGCUCAAAAGUGCAGAGACCGACAGUCUCAACAUGUCGCUUCUCAGGACCCUCCGCUAUCCUGCUCGCGAUGUCCAGCACACCAGUCCAGCUCGGCCGGCCGAAAACAAACCGAAGCGACGUCGCAGCGAACGGAAUGGGGUGACCACACCCGUAGACGUGGGCAUCUCGGAGCACACCGAUUUUGAAGUCUUCACAAUCAUGCACCAGGAAACGGCGGGACUUCACCUCCACUCUCCGUCAAGAGGGCCUUCACCCCGGUGGUACAAAUUGCCGUUCCGACACGAUACCCUCACCGUCAUUCUUGGGGAUAUGAUGGAGCUCUGGACUUCGGGCUGGUUAGAGGCAACACGGCAUAAGGUGGUCUCCCCGGCUUGUGGGCAAGGAGCUCGAAGAUCCUUCGUCCUAUUUCAGGCCCACGACGACCUUGUCAGGAUACACCCUCUUGGGGCAACACAUUUAGCGAUCCGCACGCCUGAGCCUGACCGGAGAACCGGGGACGCCCCAGACACGCCCAAGAAUAUGGAAAACACGCCCAAGAAUAUGGAAAGUUGUGGAGGAAAGGAAGGCAGCGAGCAGAGUUUGCCGAUAGAUUCUUUCGGAGAGUGGGUUCGGAAUCGCCCCAAGAGUGCUCUGAGAAAGUAUCGCCCUAUUACUCAAGGCGCCUGGGUCCGCAGGCAAGAGUUUCGCGCGAAGUCAACUCUUGAUAGAUCUUAAGUUUGCCGGUGCCAUUUGUCUCCCUUGUGUAUGCAUUACGCAUGGCAGUUCUUCUCUCGAUGUGUGCCAACCCUGAGGCUGCGAAAGGAGGACUCCACGCAGAGCAACUUCCCCCAAGUAUCACUGCGCGACUGUAGCUUCAAGGGCUGAGAGAAAAUCGGCCAUGAGAAAAUGAGACUGCGAUUUAGGAGGUAAUUGUGAGACUGGAGUUUGUUCGCCCACCCACCAGACUCUGUCUUGGGCGCCGAGAAUAUACUGUAUGUACUUCGAAGUACAUGAACUUUGUACUUCGUACUACUUCACUGUUUCGUGAACUUUGUGCUGCGGAUGGGUUCCGAAGAAACGAAAGGAGGAGAUGGUAGGCGAAAACACGCCUGCGUGCUCCUUUCAAUCGUGUGCCCCGCCCAAAGACAUCAGCAGGUGAAAAUUGAUCACAUGAUGCGUCCAAUCCUGCGUAUGUCGCGUUACACCCCAUAGGCCGGAAACCGACUUCCCGAGGGGAAACCUUGUAUUACCUUGAUAUUGUACUCCUGUCAUGUGGGGAUGAUGAGAAGGGCAACAUUCCUGUGGGACAAAGACAUGGUCUACCACACACACUUCUUCCAGACGACGGUAUGACGAAGCGGUAAACACUGAAAUAAGCAGGAUGCCAAUCAGACCCGUUUACGCAGUUUCAUGCUGACGCACUAAUCGUACCCGGCCCGUGUGCGUGUGUGCCUCUUUCAUUGUCCGCCAGUUUCUCCCCUGUCGUUUCGACUGCCAAUCGGGAGUCGGCAUGCGAACUGUUGUGUGUAGUGAAGGUUCAACAUACUCCAGGAACGAGAAAAUGUAGUCUAGCUCUUUUGAACCUACGCUCCUCACGCAACCGCGCGAGCGAUUUAAACAACGACGUGCCUGUGUUCGCUGCUGCUCUCGUUUGUUCCGGAACUUCGUGCGUUUCUCUCUUGGGCAACGAUUGAGUUCCAUCAGUGGUGAUUUCGAGGGCGCAAGCCGCUACGGCUUGCUCACCCGAGCCUAUAAAACAUAAAUUCACCGACCCGUCCCCUCAUUAUUCCAACAACAUUUCUCUCCCUCAUGGGGGGGCGGGGGGGCGGUGGAGAAGCUUCCAUGAGGUUGGGGCCUCUGGAUUUUACCCGCGGAAUCUGCACGCGCAGCAACAUGUAGUCUCUAAUCUAGUAGCUAGUAGCAGAGAGUUUGGCUUCAUCCAGCCAGAGAUCUCGACUCCAACAUAAUUUAUGCACCCACAGGAACGCAUGUAAGCCAUGCACCCACACCUUUGUUACGGACGGACAUCCUGGUUACGGAACGAGCGUCACUAACAUGUGCGUUUGUUUCUUGUUUCUUCCACGCCUGUCGCUACUUUGACUAACUAAGCAGGUGCGGUUUCCUGUCCCUCCAACCAGCAAUUUACAUGAAACGGGCUAAAUCCCUAAUGCUAACCUAACGCUAACCCCAAACCCACCCAAUAGGUGCUAGGUUGACGUUGGGUGGCUCAGUUCUAGGUUGGUGUGCCUGAAUUAUAGGGAUAGGCUAGCGCUGGGUGGUUCUAGGUUGGUGUGCCGGCAUUGGCGCUAGGUUGGUAUUGAU